CACGAUCACUAACCAGUCCAAUGCUUCCAGCAAUGGCUACUCUUGGCGAACUCCCCGAAGUCGUCUCUCGCACCGACUUCCCCGAUGGCUUCGUCUUCGGCGUCGCCACAUCCGCCUACCAGGUUGAAGGAGCAAGAAAUGAGGGAGGAAGGGGUGACAGCAUUUGGGAUGUAUUCUGUGAAACAAAGGGAAAUAUCAAGGAUGGGAAGAAUGGAGAUGUAGCGGUUGACCAAUAUCAUCGAUACAAGGAGGAUGUGGAACUCAUGUCCAAGUUAGGCUUUGAUGCUUACCGAUUUUCAAUUUCAUGGAGCCGUAUCUUUCCGGAUGGAUUGGGAACAAAAAUCAAUGAGGAUGGGAUUGCCUACUACAACAAUCUCAUUAAUUUCAUGCUAGAGAAAGGUAUUCAGCCUUAUGUGACAUUAUAUCAUUGGGAUCUUCCACAAAAUCUUCAUGAGUCCAUGGGAGGAUGGCUGUCAGAAAAAAUUGCGGAAUAUUUUGCAAUGUAUGCAGAAGCUUGUUUUGCAAAUUUUGGAGAUAGAGUGAAGCAUUGGAUUACACUUAAUGAGCCUCUUCAAACAACACUAAAUGGUUAUGGUCAUGGGAAAUUUGCUCCUGGAAGACAUGAGAAUUCAACAGUGGAACCUUACUUGGCUGCACAUCACCAACUUUUAGCCCAUGCUGCUGCUGUUUCUGUUUACAGAAAGAAAUAUAAGGCAAUACAAAAUGGUCAGAUUGGUUUGGUGGUUGAUUGUGAAUGGGCAGAAGCCUUUUCUGAUAAGUUGCAAGAUAAGUCGGCUGCACAGAGGCGUCUUGAUUUUCAUCUUGGCUGGUUUUUAGAUCCAAUAUUCUUUGGAGACUAUCCUGCAGUCAUGCGUGAGAAGCUCGGUGACCGUCUUCCAAAAUUUUCAGAUGCUGAUAGAGAAUUGGUGAUGGAUUCAGUUGACUUUUUGGGUCUAAAUCAUUAUACAUCGAGAUACAUCGCUCAUGCAACAAAUACAGGAGGUCUUCAUUACUAUGAAAUACAAGAAAUGGAGAGAGCAGAACAAUCAGAAGGAGGUGAGAUGAUUGGUGAUAAGGCUGCAUCAGAGUGGCUUUAUAUAGUUCCCUGGGGCAUACGGAAAGUCCUCAAUUAUAUUGCGAAAAAAUACCGCAAUCUCCCGAUCUAUGUGACUGAGAAUGGCAUGGAUGAUGAAGAUUCUGAAACAGCAAGCAUUGAAGAGUUUCUAGAUGAUAAAAAGAGGGUUGGUUAUUUCAAGGGCUAUCUUGCUGCAGUUGCUCAAGCAAUAAGGGAUGGUGUCGAUAUUCGUGGUUACUUUGCAUGGUCAUUUGUGGACAACUUCGAGUGGGAUCAAGGAUACACCAAACGAUUUGGUAUAGUUUAUGUCGAUUACAAGAACGGGCUCACCAGGCACCCGAAGUCAUCGGCUCACUGGUUUUCGCAUCUCCUGAAGGGUGACAAGGAAAACAAAAUCUAACUGUAUGAACAUGCUGGCUUUUUAUUGCCAUGUUUUAUUUUAAGUUUAUGGUUGAAUGCGAUAUUUCGGAUAUGUAUUAGUACAUUUUACAGAUCAGAUAUGAACUAUAUAAUGUUGUAUGUGAUCUUGCUUGUUUGUGAAGUUCAGGUCUUUUGGCAAA